GGGAGAGGGUGCAAAAAAAAGCCGAGUGCUGCGCGAACAGAACGAGAGGAGGAUUUGUCGAUCUUAGUUACGGCGCUCCGCGCUUGCGGCGACUUUUUGUCCUUUUUAUCUCUCUUUUUUUUUUUAGGGGAGGCCAAUUUUUCGCUGCGCGUGAGAAAAAACGCGCGUAACGAUAGGAGAAAACGAAAGAGAGAGAGAGAGAGAGAGAACAAAAUCCGGGAAGAAAUUUCCGAGAGAGGCGCGGAAAACGAUCGGCCACACCGGAUACGGGGUGUCGCACACUCUCUCUUAUCUCCGCCAGACGCGGGCGUUAUCCUCAACCUUGCUAACAACUCGCAAGGAGCAGCCGAGCUGCAAAACAAGUGCAAAACAGAGUUGGCCGCGCCGGCCUCGGCGAAGCGCGAGCACAACGCAACAUGUGCGCGUCGGUCUGUCGCAGCACGCAUGAAAACCAAGUAGCAAAUUGGCAGCUGUAAAAUAGGUCGAGGAGAAAAAAAAAAUUGGCGACGCAUCGGGGAAAAACGUAGCGCAGCGCCUCUCUACCCCGCCAGACCAAACCAAACUUGUUUCCCGUUGUUUAGUUGUCCGUUAGUUCGUUCCACCGGUGAAGAGCCGGGCCAUAUCCGUGCCGUUUCUUCCGCAAAAAAAAAAACAAGAUAAAAAGCCGGAAAAAGAAGAAAAGACAGACAGGAAUGCGAAGUAGCAAAUCACCCACUUCCUCGAUUCCGGGAACGAUGAAACCGGUCGCGACGUCACCGACAUCGUCACCGCCGGUUGCGACACCACCGUCCGCGGGUUCAACGUCGUCGCCGGUAUCCGCAUCGUCACCGGCUACAUCACCGUCGUCGCCUGUCAAAGUGAAAUCACCCGCACCCCAGCCGCCGAAAUCUCAUCCGGUUACGUUGCAGCCGGCGAUCACCGCGCAAUCACCCUCGUCGCCGUCGGCACCGCCGUGCAACGAGUCAGAUGGCUUGCUGCCGCCGAGUACGACAUAUCCAUCCGGUUUGCAAUGCCUUAUGAACCUUGAUUACCUUUUCCUGAACCAGAAUCUCGGGUCCCUUCAGUCAUUCGCCGGAUGGGAUGUGGACAACAAAUAUGUCAGUGUUAUGACCGCCAAAAAUGAGACUAUAUUCUACGUGGCCGAGGAAUCGGGUGUAUGCGGACGAGUCUUUCUUGACAAUUACCGUUCCUGCGAGUUUAUCAUCUUCGAUCGAGAUCAUCACGAGGUUCUUCGCAUGAUACGACCUUUUCGAUUUCACAAUUGCUGCUGUCCUUGUUACUUACAGGUCUUAGAGAUUUAUUCAGGAAAUACUCUAUUAGGCAGCGUUACUCAAGAAUGGAGUUUGUGGCGACCAAAGUUUUUCAUUCGCGAUGCGUCCGGUACACCGGUAAUGAAAUUACUCGGACCAAUUAUUUAUUUUUGGGCUGGCGUAACUUUUAAGGUCAAGUCAAUGGACAGUAAGCAUCGCAUCGGCAGGAUUCAAAAAACUUUGGGCGGCAUAAGUUCGAAAGACUCGACCAUUGAUCUCUCCAAUGACAAAUUUACUAUUAGUUUUCCACACGAUCUUGAUGUAAAAAUAAAGGCCAUAUUGCUGGGAGCAUGUUUUUUGAUGGACUUUAUGUGUUUCGACAGAGUGGACUAGUCUGGCCUAGGAUCGGUUUCAUGUAUAAUUUUAAGAGAAAAAAAACAAAGCCAAAAAAUGUCACAUAAUUACGUCUCUGUUGAAAGAGCCUUUUGUGUGCGUGCAAUGUGUAUCGAAUACUUCGAGAUGUAAUUGUCCGGAAAAAUAUGCACAUGUAGCGUGUCUUAUUAAUCGUAAACUAUUAAGAUUAGCUGUGACUAUAUUAGCUGUGACUUUAUUUUUUAAUCGUAUUACAAGUAAGUUUUACUAUGUCUCUUUUUAUUUAAGUAUACUCUCUCAGUUAUUAGAUUAUAUAUAUACAGAGAGAUGUGAUCGAGUGGAUCUGUCUUCGUCAGAACAAAAAAAGGUUGACCUCUAUCUCGAGAAGUCCUCUAUUUUUUAUAAGCGCUAUAUACUUGUCAUACAUUUACUUCCAUCUCGACAAACUAUCUCCUGUAAGCAUUGCGUAUACUUCCGUAUCUGUCUAUUUACAUUUAAACUGUCUUCCUUUUUGUUUUUGAGUAGAUACAUAUAUGUAGGACCGUACGUAAGGUGUACGAAUACUAUCACAAUCUCUUCAUCCGCAAAAUAACAAUGAAUUGUUAUACUCGCUGAUACAUACUAUGUCAAGACUGGAUUUUAUUCAUUUCAAAAAAUAUCGCCAAUUUGUAUAAGUUAUGCGAACCAAUACGAAUAGAUUUAUAACUUUAUUAGUACAUAACGUACCAGGUUUAGACAUAAAAAGGGUGGUUUAUGUGUAAUAUAUAUAUAUAUAUAAAAGAAAGAUUUAUCAUGCACACCACCAAGAUAUACAGAAACUAAAUAUUCGUGUACAUCGGCAUGAUGUGUAAUAACGUAUUGAAUUGUUUCCAAAGUUCGUAGCGUUUUAUACUUGUUGGCAUUACCGUAAAUCACUACAUGUCCGAGAUGUGUACGCGAGACAUCGCACAGAUACUGAAAUCACGGUGUGCAUGAACAUUUACAGAAGUUAAAUUAAGUAAGCCGGUGCGAUGAGCCUUUGAAUUUUAUUAAACAAAAAAACGUUACGUACUUUCCAAACAACUCGUAUAUUUAUAUCACAAUCUCAGACCCUUGUAUAAAACCGUACUCGACGACGAGCUUAAACUAUAUAUAUUAACACAAUAAUAUAUAUAUACAUAUAUAUAUAUAUAUAUAUUUCUUGAAGUAUUUAUCAAAAAAUAAACUUUAUGAGACCGUAUUUAAUUUUGUUACUCGUAUGUAUUCAUUUCUAAAAUAUAGUCUUAGGCACGGACUACUCUAGACUUGUAGAUUGAUGUUAAAAGAAUCAACGAUGUAAUCACAAUAAACUCAUUGCGUGUGGUCGGACUUCAAAAAUUUUUUUUUUUUAUUUGUUUAUGUGAUGACGUAGUAUUGGGAUUCGCAUUUAAUAAGGAUCAGCAUUAACAGGAGAGAAUUAAAAAAGUACACACGUGAUGUACAUAAUGUGUAUGUCUUUUUAUUUUCGUGUUUCAUUUACUUGUAUUCUCAUCGUACAAUGUUUUUUUUUUGUCGGCUGGUACAUUCUCUAGAAUAUUGCCGUAGCGCUCUUCUUUAAACCUCGGCGCGCUUACUCGCGUGUGUUUUUGGUGGUGCGUAGUAAUUUCCGUCGCGCAAGGAUGUUUUCGUUCUUCCUCUCACAUGUAGUAAAAAAGAGAAUGAAAAAACGUGAAUGUUGCUUUCCACCAUUCGCAGACUAGAAAACCGUCAGAGCACCGAGAACAGCACUCGCGAAUCUUGAUAGUUCCGUGAGGAUUGCAAAACGAACAAUUUAAACGUUGUCGUCGAACGAAUCUCUCUCGUUUUAAACAGCGACGACUUUUAUCUCUUCUAUCUCUCUCUCUCUCUCUUUCUCUCUCUUUCCUUGUUAUCUCAUUUAAUAGACAAUCACGACGAAUUUGCAGGGAGAUUAGCACUAGAGCAUUACUAAGUGUGUGAGAAUGCGCGUGACUAUGCGUCAUCGGUUAAACGAAUACACUAGCGAUUGCGACGAAACAAAAAAAAAAACAAAAAAAAAAAAAA